GACACCAACACCAGAGCUUAGCUCACCUUGGCAAUGGCGUCCUCUUUUCUCACCGCGCGUUUCCAAACUCCAUCGUCUUCAACCUUCUCGCCGAGAACCAUGCCUUUGUCUUCUCCUAUCCUCUUCUCCAGAGCUCCUGGCGUAUUAUCUCAUCCCCGCUUCUCGGCCUUCACGAAUUCAUCCAAGAAAGGAGUUGAGAGACAUGGUUUUCCUGCCAAGAUGCUCAGAGUAUCGUCUCCGGUUUGGGCAGCGGGGUUUAUGCUUCACGAGGGUGCGGCAAAUGCUUUGCCUUUGAAUCAUAUCAUGGAAGUAGCAUACAUCCCAUUUUUGGCUGAUUUGAAUGUUGGGGAUUGGUUUGGAGGCUUUCUAUAUUCUGCUGGACAACAGGCUAAUGAAGCUGUUCAGGAUCAGUUGUCAGCUCUCAGUUUUAGCAGUUUAGCAGUCAUCUUUGGGGCAGGGCUUGUAACUAGUCUAUCGCCCUGUACAUUAAGUGUUUUGCCACUGACCUUGGGUUACAUUGGUGCUUUUGGCUCUGGCAAAAGUCGCACAGAGAUUGUUGCUAAUUCAGUUGCCUUCUCAUUGGGAUUGGCAACUACAUUAGCUAUCCUUGGCAUUGCUGCUUCUUUUGCUGGAAAGGCAUAUGGACAAGUAGGACAAGGACUUCCUCUGGCUGCUUCAGGACUUGCAAUUGUUAUGGGUUUGAAUCUUUUGCAGAUUAUUGAAAUCCAACUUCCCUCAUUCUUUGACAAUUUUGAUCCUCGGGCUGCUGCAUCCAAUUUUCCUUCAAGUGUGCAAGCAUAUCUGGCAGGCCUCACAUUCGCCUUAGCUGCAUCACCUUGCAGUACCCCUGUGCUGGCUACUCUUCUAGGAUAUGUUGCAGCAUCCAGGGAUCCAGUGAUCGGGGGAAGCUUGUUGCUGACAUAUACAACUGGUUAUGUAGCUCCUCUAUUACUCGCCGCCUCUUUUGCUGGUGCAUUGCAGAGUUUGCUUUCAUUCCGAAAAUUCUCCGCCUGGAUAAACCCUAUGAGCGGGGCGCUAUUACUAGGAGGCGGUAUUUAUACCUUUUUAGAUAAAAUGUUUCCUGCUGCCAUGAUCAUGAACCAGUGAUAGAUGAGAAAAGAAACAUCGGCACUACUGGGAAUUUGCUACAAUAUGAUCGGAGAAAAAGUUCCCGAGGAAUGGAUCUAUAGAAACAGAAAGUUGAAGCUCUUAUUCUGGUAAGAAAUGGAGAUCAACCUCACCUGACCUCACCUGAAUUUAUUAUAGGUAGAAUUGCAUCACUUCUCUGCUGUGAAUUUCACUCCUACAAUGUAAUACAAUUGUUGUAAUAUGGAGCAUGUUGUAUAAUAAAGAAAAUUGAUUGUUAUUAUUAUUAUUAUUUUUAUUUUA